AUGGCUUUCUCAUUCCCACCUCAGAGCUACGAAGUCAAAAGUCAGCGACUCGUCAUUCGCGACCCAGUCCCAGAAGAUGCAGAGGCAUUCGUCGACCUCAUGGGCAAAGUAGAGAACCUCCCCAUGGGUGAGACCGAAGCCAUGACGGGUCUCACCGUCGAUAGCGUGGUGGCGCGAUUUGGGCGGUGGAAAAAAACGUCUCUGGCGGGCAAGAAUGCAUUCCUGUCCGUGGCACUGCGCGACACGAACCAGAUGGUUGGCUGGAUGGGCUUCAACUGCUUCCGCACCAAGGAGGAGUUUGACGGGACCGUGCCGGAGCGCGACGAGCCCACGCCCGGCCUCGAGGGCCGUUACCUCACGGACGUCGGUGUCAAUAUCGACUACCGGCACCGCCGCAAGGGUUAUGCCCUCGAGGCCGUCUGCUCUGCCGUCGAGUUCGCCUUUGAGACCAUUGGCUGUCAGGUUGUCCGGCUCGAGACCUCGCUGGUGAAUGAGCGAUGGCGCGGGCUCAUGGUGGCCAUUGGCCUGGGGGAUUUUGAGGAACAGGCGCCCUCGAGCUAUAAUGGUGAAGUUGGCUGCAUUUACAAGGUCCAUAAGGAUGCAUGGCAGAAGGUGAAAGCUGAUCUCAAGGCCAAAGGGAAAUGGUAUGUCUAG